AUGGGAGACGAGGCGCCGUCGUCGCCGAAGCGUAAGAAAGUACGCGCAAAAUACGCGUCAAGCGUGUCGUGUCGCCGCUCCAAACUCAAGUGCUCCGGCGAGAAUCCAUGCCAGCGAUGCAUCGACAACGGGAAGCGUUGCUUCUACUCGGAAGACCAGACGGCCGCCGAAGCUCUACAGAACCUGAGCAGACCCACGCCCGUCCAAGCUCCCGCCGACAAGACCGAUAAUGGCAACGGCAAUGACAAUGGCACAUCUCGGCUGAGUCUUCUGCCGCGGGGCGAAGACGUUGAGAGGCGGGCAAGCGAUGCCAGUGUGCUGGGCUUGUCCAUAGAAGCGCGCAUGGCGCGUAUCGAAACCAUGAUGGAAUCGCUGAUGCUGGAACGCGGCAUGAACGUGACGCCGCGCAUCAGCAUGGAACGGGAUGCAGCAGCUAGCGAGCGCCUGCAUGCAGACUUCCUGAUGCAGAUAGCUGGCGAGGCUUCAACCUUCCCACCUAUCGCUGAAGGAGACCUCGAUUUCGAGAGUGCCCCGGGAAGAGUUCGACACUCAAUCUCAGCAGUGAGCCCCUCCAGCAGCGUUGAUGCUGCUGCGACUCUCCGUGUUGGCAACAAGACCUUUGCAUUCCCCAACCCGACCGAGUAUCAGAGCUAUCUCGAUGUCUUCUUUGAUGACAUUGCACCUUAUUAUCCUUGUAUAAACGAGCUUGAAUUUCGAAUCAAUAGUGAGAAGAUGCUUUCGGCGCCCGUACUACAAGCGCAUCAUGUGUCACUGUUGGCCCUCAACUACAUUGUCUUCGCAUGUUCGGAUAUCGCAACAUCAUUAGAUGCGGCAGGCACAUCGCAAGUCAACGCUCCCGGCUGGCAGUGGUUUCGGGCCGCAGACGACCUUGUCGGAAAAAGGAAAAUGAGUGGUCAAGUUGAUCUAUGCUUGAUACAAUUUCUAGCUUUGGAGGCUGUGUACCUGAUGUACGCCGACAAAGGAAAUGCAGCGUACAGUAUCAUCGGACAAGCCAUCAGGAUGUGCUUCCAAGCAGGGCUCCAUCAGCAAUCCUCGUCCUCCUGGCGGACAUACACGCCCUUUGAAAUCCACAUGCGACAACGAAUCUUCUGGACAAUAUACUUCCUCGACCGCCGCAUAUCUAUAAGUUGCGGACGGCCGUAUAGCGUUCGCGAAUCUGACAUCGACAUCGAGCAACCGGCGUACCUUUACGACAAAGAAAUCCAUCCCGAUCGUCCCUUGCCGGACCUCAAUAUCGCGCAGUCGUCGAACGUCUAUCUCAACUGCAUGGUCUGUUGGGGCCGACUAGCAGCAGACGUCUGGGACGGCUUCUUCGCGGCAGCCCCGUCGAAAGACGGAGUAGCCAACGACAACGCCCUCAUUCUUGACGCCCGCAUAAAACACUGGACCGAAGUCGUCCUCCCUACCAUCCCAUUGCUCCCCCGAGUACCCCCGAGCCCCGCCAGCUCCGCCAACGCACCAUCGUGCAAAACAGCCUCGAUCAACUACGUCUCUUGCUGUUCCGCCAAGCAAUGCUCAGCACGCGGUGCGACCUCGACAUAG